GGAAGUUGAUGAAGGAGUGAGAAAAACUGUUACGUGUUCACUUAAGAAGGACCCCAGUCUUACAUCCAUGUGGCUAAGAGCUUCAGAAAAUGGCAUACAAUUCCUUGUGUCAGUAAAAAGAGGACGAAUUGUGUCAAGAUUAGGAACUCCUGAAUUUAUUGAAAUAGCGGAUAGUGGUCAUGCUUUGACAAUCAAAAGCUUUGAGAAGAAAAGAGACAGUGGGAUCUACAACUGUGGUGUGUACAUUGCCAACACACUGACCUUUGGAACUGCCCAGCUCCUUGAAGGAAAACCAGAAAAAAUCCCAACAAAAAAGCCUGAGACGUUCACCUGCAAGCCCUCUACUGUGUCUGAUGUUACUACCACUCCUGCGCCAUGUGUGUGCCCUACAGAGACCAAGCGUGAAGACAAGAGGUGCGAGCUGCUGAUCUGGGCUCCGCUGGCGGGGGGCUGCGGCCUUCUCCUGCUGCUCCUCAUCACCGUCUCCAUCAUCUGCAACCACAGGACAGUGAAGAGUGAGACAGGAAACGAGUGGGAGAGAGAGACGCGGGAGGAUCAGGAGAUGACCCGAGUCGGGAAUUGAACCCAGGUCACCCGCAUAGCAGUUCAGUGCCCAGCCGACUAAGCCACUGCUGGGUCAUCCGGAGAUAUUGAUACCGCUUGUUAUGUUUACCAGGUACAGAACAUUAUUUUGCCCAAUCAAAACUAAGGGGUUUUGACACUGUGAAGACAAUGACUACUGUUAGAUGUAAUGCAAUAAUGAUUUACAGCCAAUAUAGUCAUUAAUUGAAAUUUUAAUGCAACACU